AUGGAGAAGUUAAAAUUUAUAGAUAUUGGGUCAAAUUUAACUGACUUGAUGUUUCAAGGUAUUUAUAAUGGCAAGAAACAACAUGAAUCUGAUUUAGAAAUAGCAAUUAAAGGAGGGUUGGAUAAAAUUUUAAUAACUGCAGGGAGUUACCAAGAAACUGUAGAUGCAUUAGAGAUCUGUGAGAGACUGGAUCCUAAAUGUGAGUUAUUAUUCACAACAAUUGGAGUACAUCCAACGAGAACAAAAGAAUUUUUAUGUAGAGAAUGUAAGAAAAAGAAAGAUGAAGAAUUAGAAAUGGAUUGUAAAGAUUGUUUAAUAUAUUCUGAUAAUUAUUUAAAAAAAAUGAAAGAUUUAGUGAAAAUGAAUCUUUGUAGAAUUAAGGCAAUAGGAGAAUUUGGGUUAGAUUCUGAUAGAUUACAUUUUUCAAGUAUGAAAAUUCAAGAAAAAUACUUUGAAAAACAAUUUGAAUUGCUUGAAGAAUUCAAUUUGCCAAUGUUUGUUCAUAUUAGAGGUGACCAAGAUUGUUAUUCAAAAUUUGUUAGAAUAAUUAAUAAGAAAAAGAAUCUUUGGAUUAAAAGAGGUGGAGUAGCACAUUCAUUUACUGGUAAUUUAGACCAACUUAAGAUGAUUUUAGAUACAAAUCUUGAAAUUGGAGUAAAUGGAUGUUCUUUAAAAACUGAAGAUAAUUUAAAUGUGGUAAAAUAUAUUCCUAUAAAUAAAUUACACAUUGAAACAGGUAAUGUUUUAAAUUUUGAUAAUUGUUACAUAUUACCAAUAAUAUGA